AUGGCAUCCAAAAUGCAAUGGGACAAAUCAUUCCAGAUAAAAACAUACGAUCCUACACAUACUUGCAAAGAGUGGCACCAUGAAAAUAGAACAAUCACAUCAUCCUUCAUUGCGAGAAAAUACCUGAAUGAAAUUGGAUCAAAUAGAAAUGAUAGCUUGGCUGAUUUUAGAGAUAGAGUGAAUGUUGAUCUAAGAGCUAAAGUGACUUUAUCACAAGUUAAAAGAACAAAGAAUAAGGCCAUUUCGAUUCUAGAUGGUGAUAUCAAAGAUCAAUUCAAAAUGAUGUGGGACUAUUGCAAUGAAAUGGACAGGACAAAUCCAGAAAGUACUAUUCAUAUGAAGUUUACUGAUAAUGAGGUGCCGGGACAACCAUACAGGUUUCAGAGAAUAUACAUUUGUUUUGCUGCUUGCAAGUUCGGCUUCAAGGCUGGUUGUAGAAAAGUAAUUGGAGUGGAUGGUUUUUGGUUGAAGGGUCCUAUGUACGGAACUCAAUUGUUAUCUGCAGUUGAAAUUGAUGAUCCAAAUGAUGCUGUUUGGUGUAAUGAAAAAGAACCUAGUCAAUGGACAAUGGCUUAUUUCUCCUCAAAUGCUCAAUCUGACGUGUUAUUGAAUAAUUUGUGUGAAGUAUACAAUAGCAUGAUACUCGAUACUAGAGACAAGCCAAUUUUGACACUUUUGGAGAAAUUGAGAUAUCUACUCAUGGCCAGAAUGCUAGCUAACCGGGAGAAAGCAGAACAAUGGAAUCUAGGUGAUGUUUGUCCCAAGAUUGAAGAUAUAUUGCUUAAAAAUCAAAAGGCAGCCGGAGAAUAUAUUCCUAGAAAGUCAAAUCAAUGGAACUAUGAAAUUAUAGGAGCUAGUAUCAUGGAUAAUUGGGAAGUGGAUUUGGAGAAGAGAACAUGUAGUUGUAGAAAAUGGAGUCUCACUGGAAUCCCUGCAAGCACGCAAUUGCAACUAUUUGGGCUAAUCGAGAAGACAUUCUUGAUUAUGUCCAUGAUUCCUACAAGGAUCUUGACAAGUAUAAAGAGAGGAAGAAAGCAGAAGAAGAGAAGAAAAGAAGCUGAUGAAGUAGGAGCAAGUCGGACAACGAUGAAAAGGAAACAAAAAUCUCUGGAUUGUAGUACUUGCCACAAGACUGGUCACAACAAAAGGACUUGCAAAACUAAAGAUGUGCAGCCUGAAACUACUACUUCUGUUCGUGAUAAACUACCUUUUCUGCGCAAACCUGGUGAUGUUUGGUGCAAUUUUGGAGUCUAUUUUUGGAGCUUUUCUUGUGCAGCUUUGGAGUCUAUUUUUGGAGCUUUUCUCGUGCAGUUUUGGAUUUUAGUGCUUUCUGGUGGUGGUGUUGAAGCAAGUCUAAUGUCGAUUUAG